UAAUUUUUUCUAUUUUUAGUAGUUUGCUGAGAUGGUCUCAACCUCUUGACCUUGUGAUUCACCCACAUCAGCCUUCAACAGUGUUGGAAUUAUAGGCCUGAGCCCCUCUGCCUGGCUAGUGCUUAGUUUUAACUCAAAUUAUAAAUGGAUUCCAGUCCUCCAAAAAUCAACAGCAACACCAAAAAAGGCACAAGAAGCAAUAAAACGGGGGAUUAGACUCUAAUCACCUUGAACCUUAUCAUCUCAAGGCUUUCACCCACCUAUACAGCUCCAUGUCCCUUGCAGGCCUCUCCCCUGAGCACUACAAUCCUCUGUCCACUUGUCUCCUCCUCUCUCUGUGGGGACAUCACACAGGCGUCGCCACCUUCAUGUGUCCAUAAGUGACUCCUAAACCCCUAAACACAUUCUCUGGCAGUCUGCACAUCUCAGAUGAGGGUGACUGUACUGCCGGGGACUUAGCCGAACAUAACAGCAUAUUUUUUAAAUAUGGGAAAUAAUUUAUAAUAUGAAGAGAAAAUUGCAUGUAUACAUGAGAGGAGUGAGAAGAUACAUAGCUACCUAAAUUAUUAUUUUUUUACUGAGUUUUGCUCAUUGCCCAGGAUGGAGUGCAGUGCUGCUAUGUCAGCUCACUGCAACCUCUGCCUCCCGGGUUCAAAUGAGUCUCUUGCCUCAAUCCCUCAAAUAGCUGGUAUUACAGGUGGAUACCACCAGAAGCUAAUUUGGUUGUUUAGUAGAACUCCUGACCUCUGGUGAUUCACCCAAAUUGGCUUCCCAAAGUGCUUGGAUAACAGACUUGAACUCUGCCACUGGCCAUUUUGUUUUGUUUUGUUUUGAAAUGAACUUUUGCUCUUGUCUCCCAGGCUGGUGUGCUGUUGUACAUUCUGAGCUCACUGAAAUCUCCACCUCUAGGUUGAAUCGAUCUCCUGCCUCCGGCUCCCAAGUAGGUGUGAUAACAGUCGACUUCCAAAAUUCUUCUGGGUUGUGGGAGAAAAAAGUUUGAAAACCUUGUUUCUAUGCAUCUGUGCCCCUAGGACCUCCCUGACCCCAUCUCCUACCUGUGCCCUCCUCUCUCCCACUGCUCCAGCCACUCGGGCGCUUUCCUUUUCCUGGGGCUGAGGUGGCUGCUGUCUCAGGGCCUUCACUUGAGCUGUCUCUCCCUAGGACUCUGGCCCCUCAGAUGUAAGUCACAGGCAGCCUUUCUUCCCUAGGUCUUUGUUCUGAUAUCACCUCCUCUGUGGAAAACCUUGUGAUCUCCCACAGCCCCCAUUUGACAUUGCAUCUGUGAACCCAAAAAUCCUCAGACAGAUCUCACUUAAUUUAAAAAGACUCUUCUAUCAAGGUUUAGGGCACACCUGUGACACAGCCUCAGGAAGUCCUGGUGACAUGUGCCCAAUGCGGUGGUGGCACAGCUUAAUUUUAUACAUUUUAGAGACAUGAGACAUCAGUCAAUACAUGGAAGAGGUUCAUUGGUUUGGUCUGGAAAGGUGGGAAAACUUGAAGCAAAGGCAAAAAGACUUGAAGCAGGGAGGGGGCUUCCAGGUCACAGGUGAGUGACACACGAAUACCACGUGUCCCAGGUGACAGUAAUCUGUGUGCAGCACUGAGCGUCAAGGGUCUGUGUCCUCCAGUUCUGAGGGCUGAGCUGAGCCUGUGAUCUACAGAGAGGGGAGGGGCUGUGCUCUGGAUGGGGUUUGGUCAGGGCUGGGUCUGUGCCCUGAAGGGGAGCUCAGUCCAGCCCAGCUCCCCACUGCUGCCUGGUGUGUGAGCCUUCUCCGGGAGGGGAGUGAGAUCUGACAACCAGGGUGAAACAUACACUUGUAGGUGUUCCUGUGGGACUGUCUUAUCUCUGCGUGAUCUCUGGUGCAGUGGGCAGUAGAGGCUCAUCUUUCUACAGGGUGAGGUCUCCCCCCUUUGUGUGUAUAUGUCACAGGAAUGGAGUGGGUUGUUUCUAACUUUAAGUCUCCUAUAUUUUUCACCUACAGGAUUGUUUUCUAAAGGCUCACAUUACGUGAGGAAGCAGCUCAGAAGAGCAAAGAAAAGGAGCCAGGCAUGGCUCUUCCACAGGGAUGCUUGACUUUCAGCGAUGUGGCUAUAGAAUUCUCUUUGGCGGAGUGGAAAUGCCUGACCCCUGCUCAGAGGGCUUUAUACAGGGAAGUGAUGUCGGAGAACUACAGGAACCUGGAGUCUGUGGGUGAGGAAAAUGUCCCUCUAGACAUGAGGAAUCUGUGCCAGGCUGGAGUGCAGUGGCGUAAUCUUGGCUCACUGCAACCUCCGCCUCCCAGGUUCAAGAAGUUCUCUUACCUCAGCCUCCCGAGUAGCUGGGACUUCAGAUAUCUCUUCCAAAUGCAUAAGGAAGAAGUUUUCAUCAACAGGGCAAGGCAAUACAGAAGUGUUUCACACAGGGACAUUGGCAAGACAUGAAAGUCAUCACAUUGGGAUUUUUCCCUUCAGGAAAUUGAGAAAAAUAUUCAUGACUUUGAGUUUCAAUGGCAAGAAGAUGAAAGAAAUAACCAUGAAGCACCCAGGACAAAAAUAAAAAAGCUGACUGGUAGUACAGACCAAUAUGAUGAAAGGCGUGCUGGAAACAAGCC